AUGCCGUUUUCCGAUUUUGCAGUCCGUCACAGCCCCGAAAACAACGAUCCUGCCCCGAUUUCUGUUUUAGCUCCAUACUCAAACAUCAUACUCACAAUAAGCAUCGUCACACUCUUCAUCGUCAAACAUGCAAUUCUCGAGCCGCACCUCCCACAUGUUUACGCUCAUAUGUGGGGUCCAUCAUCAGAGGCCACCAAGCGCGCACUCCUAACCCUCCACCUAGCGGCGCUAAUUCGGGCAGUUAUGGUAGCAAUCGGGCUGUAUCCAUUCAUUUUCAUAAUGUUCGGGUCAUCGAAGUUGUCUGAUCCGGCCCACAUAUUUGGAGGAAGGUUGACAAUGGGCGAUUGCAUUGUUAUUGCGAUGUGCAAUUUACCAAGCUUUUAUAUUUUUGAAAUAAUACAUCGAUCGAGGCUUUCUAUUGCUACUUGGAUACAUCAUGUGGGGUCCAUAUUGACGGCGCAGAGUACUCUUACGCUUGUCAUUCAUGGACAUAGGAAUGCUCGGUAUCAAUUUCUUAUUAUCACUCUAUGGGGUUUCUUCGACGUAGUAAUGGAACUUGCACCAGUUUUUGCUCUAAUACAAUUACGAUUAGCUCGAGGCCACCACGAUUAUCUCUGUUUCGUCUAUAAAAUAACAGCGGUGUGGCUUUUCGUUCUCAAUAAUGUGCAGACUGUUAUGUUCAUAUAUAUCAGCUGGAUGAUCUGGGACGACUGGGCGUUGGCUUUCAAAAUUGGCACCCCAAUGCUCUAUGCGGCGUUUAAAUUUUCACAGUGGCAACAGGCAUAUUUUUAUGUCGUAUUAAUGAGAAGUGAGUUGAGCGAGAAGCUUAGAAAGAUAGCUUUGAAAGAGGUCGAGGGGCAUCCGCUGUCACCCGAAGAAGAGAAAGAGAAGAGACAAGGAAGUUGA